AUGGAAUAUUAUGAACUUGAUCCCAGUCACUAUGUUUCUGCCCCAUCAUUAUCCUGGGAUGGAAUGCUUAAGAUGUCAGGAGUUAGAAUUGAACUUUUUACAAAUAUGACUAUGCAUGAUUUUACUGAAAAAGCUAA